AACACAGCUGCAGGCGCUCGGCCAACAUCCAUGGACAACACAGUUCAUCACAUCGAGCUUGGUGCUGCCCGGGGUUGAAAGCUCGCUCUCCCCGUUCAACGGCACAACGACAGCAAAGCUUCCAACCAAUCACGUUGGUAAAAUGUUAUGUACCUAUGUAAAAUUUUAUGCUCCUCCCUCUGGGUUUCGAAAAGCUCUUCCAAACUGGAAACACGUGCUCGCUGCUGGUGUUGGUUCCGUCGGGUGUCGCUUGGUAUUUGCUUGUGUUGGUGCUGGCCGGGGCAGCCCGUACGGAGCUGGUUUUUAUUAUGUGCCCGAGCGUCGUUGAACGUGGAACGACGUGGUUUUACGUGCGUGCGCGUGUAAAGUAAAGUGUUAAACGGCCCCGCCGUUGUUGUUGUUGUAUCGUUUUGUUUUUGCCGUUCCGGCCGUCGCGCGGCUGUGGGUGCCAAUCGAAGCAUGAACACAAACAACACCCGGGAACAAAUUAAGCUGUUUGGAGCGCCAGCUUGGGCUCUUUUGGGAGGAACUUUAGGCGUUUUCGCGAGUCAAGUGUCGGGUUCUAGGUGUAAACAUAUUGUGGCGCCCAAGCAAAAGUGUCAAUUAUGAAAUGUGAGCGUGGAAAGGAAAAACAAAUUGAAUAGUGAAUAGAAAUUACUCACAGACCUCAAAGAAAUAGUUUCGUAAAGGUUGCAAAAUGAUGCCACUGGCUCCGACUUCCGUGAUGGCGCUUCCUACGCCAAAGCCUCGGAUAGGGUUUAGCAUAGAGUCCAUCGUCGGGAACCGUAUUACGAAAUCGCCGCCGCACUUUUCUCCAAACAGUGAAAGCUCGGAACGGCCGCUGAGUCCGCUCAGCGACAGCAGCUAUCCGCCGGACCUCCCUAACAACCUCUCCACUAAUCCGGUGGACCUCCAGCGAGUCCUGCGACUUCCGCCCAACUGCUCCCCCAGUGAUUACAGUACUCGCCUGCAACGGUUACAACAAAGUUCCUCACCUCCGAUCGACCUGAACCGAUCCAGUCGAUACCCGGAGUCUCCACAAAGCCAAGACCUAACCCGACUGGACACCAGUCGGAGUCCUUCACCACCUCAAACCCGACUAACCCCAGAUGACGUAAUACGGGACCGUCGCUCGUCACGAAGUCCUUCUCCUCAAUCCCAACCGCCGCCAGCCAAAGGCCCCAUCGUAGUUCCUGGGAUCCCUGCCGGUCUCGUCCGACCAUUCCCCAUAAAUCCCCCACAAUCGCUAGAUAACCUCCCGAAACCGCCCGGAAUGCCCGGGCCCUUCCUAAACGCCCAAGAAAUGGUCCAGGCGGCCCACAACCAUCAACACCUACUAGCGGCUCAGUUCCAGGCGGCGGCCGCCCUUGCCCACGUCCAGGCUGGCCAAGGAUUUCCACCGGGUGGCGGUGGGCCACAUCCGCACAUGCUGCACCCGAACCACCCGAACAUUCCGCGUGACAGCUACCCGUUGUACCCGUGGCUACUGAGCCGUCACGGUCGCCAUGUGUUCCCGCCACGGUUUCCUGGAACUUACCUGCUCCCCUUUCGGAAGCCCAAACGCGUCCGGACGGCCUUUUCACCCUCGCAGCUGCUAAAGCUGGAGCACGCCUUCGAGAACAACCACUACGUGGUGGGGGCGGAACGGAAGCAGCUCGCCCAGACCCUCUGCCUAACCGAAACCCAGGUCAAAGUGUGGUUCCAGAACCGGCGAACGAAACACAAACGGAUGCAGCAGGAAGAGGACGCCAAAUCCGGUGGCGGCGGUGGAAACCGGUCCUCUAGCCCGGGUGCCGCUGGUGGUUACGACGACGAAGACGACGAGGAGCUAAUCGACAUGGAAAUGGACGACUGCACCAGUGACGAAGAGCAGGAACAGCUCCAGCAGCAGCAGCAGCAGCAGCAACAUCACCACCAGCAGCAACAGCAACACCUUUUCCAGUAUCAGAACCAUCACCACGCAUGAAAGUUAGCCCAAGAGCGAUUGCUUCGGAUGAUCGUUCUUGAUUAGGGAGGAAGAAGUGUUUGAGGGGGGCAGUGACAACAAGUGAUAUUACCGGAUAGAAUCCUAGCUUAUUGAACGUGUUGAAAGCAUUACCAGAGCAGAGUUUGGAAGAGUAGCAACGAAAAAACGAAACACAGUAACAGUAAGAUGUGCCAAAACCCGGAUCGAUCACGUCCCAGCGCCGAUUCUCUCGGGGAUUUCAGCCACGUCGUCGGUUGUGCCGUUGGUGGGUUGUUAAUUGUGUGCCAAACUGGGAAGAAUCGAUUUGCUCGUGGCUGGGACUAGGGAAAAUAAACAGAAAGAAAAAAAAUCCGCAAAACCUUGUAGUAAGUUAUUUAUUAUUUAUUUGUCUAUUCAAAUUCGAUGGGAACCAAGAAACGGGCAGAGCAGACUGUCUGUUGAAAUUUGUGUAAAAUAGCUAGGAGCUGUUGUACAUACAAACAAACUACUAGUAGAGUGUAGCCGCAGUUAAUGUAAAUUAAGUUAUCCUUAUAAGAUUCCGUACCAAUUAGGGGGUGGUGAGCUGCAUUUUGCCAGUGAAUAAUUGCAAGCUAAUUGGCGCCCGAGCAUUUGAAGUAGUUGCAACGGCAGCAGCAGCAGCAGCGGGAGAGGUGAGCAAAGUGAUUUAUACUAUUUGACGUGAAUGGAUUAUUGUCAAUUAUACGAGAAAAAAAAAACAACGGUUGCACACUUCUCUCGAGCGUUGUGAAGCGUGAAAUGUAGGUUGAUUGAAAUAUUAUUGCUAAAUCUAACGAAAAUAUACUGUACGUAUUACAAUACAUAAA